AUUUUCUUUAACAUUCGAGUCCUCAAAUGCCUUGUGAUAUUGUUAUUUUUUAAAAGAAUGGAUUAUACGAUGGAUACAUUAAGCUUAGAAGGGGAUCACCCAUGUGGAGGAAAAUACGAAAUGUCACCCAGUGGAAGAUCCGUUGAAACAACUAGACACUUUGUGCCAUCGGGUGAUGAGGGUGUUGACAGCGCAGGUGAACAUUUGAUUCCAUCGGACACAAAACGGUCCAGUCAGGCUGACGACAAGCAGAUGCCAGCAGUUUAUGGCAUAGAACAGAGCCGUAACAAGUCAGGAGAUAAUGGCUACGAGGAGGAGAGAAGCAUUAUGGCUGUUGGAGGGGACAGUGGAGCUCACAGACAGCCUAUGGCAAGACAGGGUUAUCUGUACCAGGAGGAUGAGCGAGAGCUGCCGGAGAGUAUGGAAAUUGAACAUCAGGAAGCCGUUAAGAGGCUGUCCACGUACUAUCAAAAUGACAUGAGGCCUGUAGGCAUAAAAGAUGUAGAAAACAGAAGCAAGGGGAAAAAGCCCAUUGACACAAACUACAGCCCAGUGGUUUCAGAUUUUCUUCCUCUAACUGGGGACUCAAGCUAUGCACAAUCACAUGAGGACCAGCAAGACUUUGGUCAUGUGGAUCGCAGUGGUUCUCAAUCCCAGCAAGGAGUUUCAAUGAGGUACAUGGACCAUAGUAAUCCUCAGGAAAUGGAUGCUUCUUUCCCUUACAUGGAGACUCCUAAAGGAGAAGACUCUCAACAAUCAGAGCGCUCAGAAUAUCCACAGCGCUCCAACACUGGAGAUAUUCAUGGGAGUUCAGAACGCAUAGAGCUUUCUGAAAGUAUACAUGAACGUGACAUGUCAAAAAAUGAAUUUAAUGUUCAACAUGGUGAUAGUGCCAAUAUAAGUUUGGGAAGCGGUUUUAACGAAUUUUCAGAAAGUUCCACUGUGCCUAGAGAAAGAAGGGAUGAAACAAAGGGCAACACUGGACCAAAUUUAUCAAAAGAUUUCAGUAGCUCAGCACAUGACGACACCAGCGAUACAGGACAGAACUCAACAUUUGACCACCAGGAUGUCAGCAGCCCAAGCCCGACGGGGGAAAGUGACUCGGGAAAACCCAGAAGGAAAGUCUCAUUGUCUGAGUCAGAGGAUGAGGUUAAACCAUCAAUGGGUGAACUUGACGAGUUCAGUCAAGGACAUGAAAAUGGGGCGUCAGAAUCCUCUGAAGACACCGACAACCUAAGCGAUGAUGAAAAUGAAACACCAGAUAACCAGGUGGGAAAAAAUGUUUCUGAGGGGGAAGGAAAGGAUGAGGAUGUACAAUCUGUACAAUCUAUCGAGUCUCCGCCCUCUCCCCCAAUUGGCGGAAGACGAAAAUAUCGGUGCAAAGAAUGCAACAAGACAUUUAAAUUAAGAAAGGACUUGACCAGACACGUUAAGACCCAUGCUGCCAGCAGAAAAUAUUCCUGCUCUGUGUGCAACAGUGGCUUCCCAACUAAACCUUUACUCAAGAGGCACAUGUCGACCCACACCGACAACAGGUCCUACUCUUGCCAGGAGUGCUCAACUAUAUGCAACAGUGUUGCAGAGCUUAGGGAACACAAGCGCUCCCACCCUCACGUCCGCGCCUUUUCCUGCACUAUUUGCGCGUACAGCGCCAAACGCCAGAAAGACUUGACCAAACACAUGCUGGUGCACACUGCAGAUAAGAUCCACAACUGUCAGUUCUGCAAGUUUUCCUCCAAGCGGAAAUACAGUUUGCAAAGACAUAUGAAAACUGCCCAUUCGACAGCCCAGAUUUUUGAAUGCACCGUAUGUAACUUUAAAACCAGUGCUAUUGACAGUUUUAAAGUACAUGUCGCUAUGCAUGCCUCCACCAGGACAAUCACUUGCAUCAUCUGUGGGGCCGUAAUUAAGAAGCGAACUAACCUUAUAGAACAUUUGUUGGGUCACUCAACUGAUCCUGAGUCGUCAUGCAAGGAAUGCGAGGAAACAUUUUCCGCCAGCUAUGAAUACAUAUUACAUCUCCUCUCACACAAAGAUUUGUCGAUGGGCUCAGAGGACCAGAUCCAGCCAUCCAUAUUUGACCUGAACCCUCCUUUUUUCCCUAAUGGCAG